GCCAGAAUUCUCUGGAGAGGCGGGAACGUUAGUGUGAGCCACUAAAACGUGAGGAAACAGUUCGAUGAGCUUCCUGCGUGCACUUCGCAUGAUGCCAGGAUAUCCUAUCAAUGCCCAGAAAUCUAAUAUAAAUAAGGUUGAGGUUUGCUGCGUUCCUUUACGUAAGUCCCCUUGACAUUUGAGACGCAAGUUAGGUUAAUUAGAAGGGCGCCCGCCUCUCGUUUUGUUUCACAAAUGCUGCUGGGAAGAGUCUCAGAUUUAUGCUCAGAGCGAAUAGGAAAGAACUGAGGUUUCUGGAGAAUUCCCAGGUCAAGGCUGGCGCUCGAACCUUUCUCCUGGUCGGUCCCUGCACAGUCAUCCGAGCUGCGGCAUCGCUGGGGCUGAGGCAGGGUGACUGCGGUGGAACAUGCGGACCUCAGUCCCCAGCCUGUCAUCUGUGUGUCUCUUUAUGGGGGGGAGGGGCUGCCUGGCAUAGUUAUUAGAGCUGGCAGCUGCGUUGGCGGCACCAAGGAGCAUUUUGAGUGAGCUUGCCGAACAUGAGGGGCUUUCAGCCGGCCGCCUGCUAGUCACUUCUGGCUGCCUGAGAGGCGGCUCUCAGCGCUUUGUCUUCUUGGCAGUGGCGGGGGGAGCGCGCGCAAUCGCCGAAAACAACCAGAAACCAGCCGCGUGCAGGGUCAAACACAGCCGGCCUCCCAUGUCAGUGGUCUAGGAUGGCCAGUGAAGCCACCAACAUCCCAAGUCCUGUGGUGCGCCAGAUUGACAAGCAGUUUCUGAUCUGCAGUAUAUGCCUGGAACGGUACAAGAAUCCCAAGGUUCUCCCCUGUCUGCACACUUUCUGCGAGAGGUGCCUGCAGAACUACAUUCCCGCCCACAGUCUCACCCUCUCCUGCCCCGUGUGCCGCCAGACCUCCAUCCUGCCCGAGAAGGGGGUGGCUGCGCUCCAGAACAACUUCUUCAUCACGAACCUGAUGGAUGUGCUGCAGCGAACGCCGGGCAGCAACGUUGAGGAGUCCUCCAUCCUGGAGACGGUCACCGCUGUGGCUGCCGGAAAGCCUCUCUCUUGCCCAAACCAUGAUGGGAAUGUGAUGGACUUUUACUGCCAGUCUUGCGAGACCGCCAUGUGUCGGGAGUGCACUGAGGGGGAGCAUGCGGAACACCCCACAGUCCCCCUCAAGGAUGUGGUGGAGCAACACAAGGCCUCGCUCCAAGUCCAGCUGGAUGCCGUCAACAAAAGGCUCCCAGAAAUAGAUUCUGCCCUUCAGUUCAUCUCAGAAAUCAUUCAUCAGUUAACCAACCAGAAGGCCAGCAUUGUGGAUGACAUCCAUUCUACCUUUGAUGAGCUCCAGAAGACUCUAAAUGUGCGCAAAAGCGUGCUGCUUAUGGAACUGGAAGUCAACUAUGGCCUCAAACAUAAAGUCCUUCAGUCGCAGCUGGAUACUCUGCUCGAGGGGCAGGAGAGUAUUAAGAGCUGCAGCAACUUCACGGCGCAGGCCCUCAACCAUGGCACGGAGACGGAGGUGCUGCUGGUGAAGAAGCAGAUGAGCGAGAAGCUGAACGAACUGGCCGACCAGGAUUUCCCGCUGCACCCGCGUGAAAACGAUCAGCUGGAUUUUAUCGUGGAGACCGAAGGGCUCAAGAAGUCCAUCCACAACCUCGGGACGAUUUUAACCACCAACGCCGUCGCCUCCGAGACGGUGGCCACUGGCGAGGGGCUGCGGCAGACCAUCAUCGGGCAGCCCAUGUCCGUUACCAUAACGACCAAGGACAAAGACGGCGAGCUGUGCAAGACGGGCAACGCCUACAUCACCGCCGAGCUGAGCACGCCCGACGGCAGCGUGGCGGAUGGAGAAAUCCUCGACAACAAAAACGGCACCUAUGAGUUUUUGUACACUGUCCAGAAGGAAGGGGACUUUACCCUCUCUCUGCGACUCUAUGACCAGCACAUCCGAGGCAGCCCGUUCAAGCUGAAAGUGAUCCGGUCGGCCGACGUGUCUCCCACCACCGAGGGCGUGAAGAGGCGCGUGAAAUCCCCUGGAAGCGGCCAUGUAAAGCAGAAAGCGGUGAAGAGACCCGCCAGCAUGUACAGCACUGGGAAACGAAAAGAGAAUCCCAUCGAAGACGAUUUGAUCUUUCGAGUGGGGACCAAAGGAAGAAAUAAAGGAGAAUUUACAAAUCUUCAAGGGGUAGCUGCGUCUACAAGUGGAAAGAUAUUAAUUGCAGAUAGCAACAACCAGUGUGUACAGAUAUUUUCCAAUGACGGCCAGUUCAAAAGUCGGUUUGGCAUACGAGGGCGCUCUCCCGGGCAGCUGCAGCGACCCACCGGAGUGGCUGUGCAUCCCAGUGGGGACAUAAUCAUUGCAGACUAUGAUAAUAAAUGGGUUAGCAUUUUCUCUUCUGAUGGCAAGUUUAAGACAAAAAUUGGAUCAGGAAAGUUGAUGGGGCCCAAAGGAGUCUCUGUGGACCGCAACGGGCACAUCAUUGUGGUGGACAACAAAGCAUGCUGCGUGUUUAUUUUCCAGCCAAACGGGAAGAUAGUCACCAGGUUUGGUAGCCGAGGAAAUGGGGACAGGCAGUUUGCAGGUCCCCAUUUUGCAGCUGUAAAUAGCAAUAAUGAGAUUAUUGUUACGGAUUUCCAUAAUCAUUCUGUCAAGGUGUUUAAUCAGGAGGGGGAAUUCAUGUUGAAGUUUGGCUCAAAUGGAGAAGGAAAUGGGCAGUUUAAUGCUCCAACAGGUGUAGCAGUGGAUUCAAAUGGAAACAUCAUUGUAGCAGACUGGGGAAACAGCAGAAUCCAGGUUUUUGACGGAAGUGGAUCAUUUUUGUCCUACAUUAACACAUCUGCUGACCCACUCUAUGGCCCCCAAGGCCUGGCCCUAACUUCAGAUGGCCAUGUUGUGGUUGCAGACUCUGGAAACCACUGUUUCAAGGUCUACCGGUACUUACAGUAAUGGCAGGCAGCUGGCCUGACCUUACAAAGGUCUUGCACUAUAAACUGGAAUGGAUUUCUCGACGCGGGACCAGAUUACACUAGACUUUUCAUGCUAGAAGGAAUCAUUGGUGAACUUUCCAAGGUUAUUUCUGAAUGUAACUAUUUCCUUAAAACCUGCAUAUCUGAUUUCUGUAAUUCACCUUUUAGGGUUUAAAGAAAAGAAAUCCCUUCUACUGAAUCUAUGGAAACUGCAAAGUUUUACACCUGUGAACUAUGGCUUAUCGGACAGGGGUUUAUGUAGUUGAACUGAUUUUGCAAAUCAAACAAACACUAAAACAAAACAAAACAAAACGAAACAAAAAAAACUAGAAUGUUUAAAGAUAUUUGUUAAUCCUGUGAAUGGUAGCUUUUGUGCAGAGCUUCCAAAAACAAAACAAAAACAAAAAAUCUGUUGUAGUUAUAUACUUUAUUUAACUUCAGUCACAAGACCCGGGGGAUCUUCUAACCUCACUUUUACAGUAGGUAUUACUCAUGUGACAUUUUUUGGUUAUCAGUAACUACAUACACAUUGGAAAAAAAUAAGACUGUCUUGCAAAACCCUCCCAGCUCUGAUUAGGCAGGCCUCUUGAGGUUAGCACUUAAAAACCACUGCAAAUUUCCCAUCCUUUCUGGGUUAGAUCCAAGAUCCUUUUUGUGUGUUCUUUACACCGUUUCUCUCCUGCUCACCUUGUAUCAAAAAACAAAGUCCAUUUUCAGGGAAGCCUGAAAUCCCCAGUGCUUUGAAAAGCAUAUUGCUAUUGUAAUACCUUUGGUAUUUAAUUAAAUACCUUUGGUAAACAAACAGCCCCCUCAACUCCAGACUAAUGCACUAGAAUGUAAUCAAGAAAAAGUUAGCCACAUUUUAUGGUGCCAAUGUUCUCACGUGUCUCUCCUCUUCCACUUCCUGAAAGCGAAAGCUUUACCUCCUGCAAAAUGUCAGCACAUGUAGUAGGACACCAGUAUCCUAGGACAGAGAGCCAUAAGUAGCCCUUUGGAGGACUGAUGGUGUCAACCAAAGGCAUGUGAUUGAUUAAUGGUUUCCCCUUAGAAAGCAAGUGUUACCAAAGUCGUGUUAUCUCGAGAGCAUUACAGGUAAGGGCAUGUUAUGGUUAUUUAUCAUUGUCUAAUGAAUAGUAGAGGCAUUAAAGGACUAUGUAUACAUGAUUAGGGUAAGGUAGACUGUAUCAUACAUAUAUAUAUAUAUAUAUAUAGCUGAAUCUUUGGUGUAUUGAAAUAGGCAGCACCCUGAAAGACAGAAGCAUCGUCCAGCACAUUCCUUUACUGCGCAGUUUAAAGCCGUCCUUGUAGAGUAAGCCCUAAAACAGGUUUAAUUUUCACCAUUUUCCAGUAAUGAUGAUAUCGGCUGACUUUUAUAGUCAGAAAAUGGCCUUCUGUGCUUUCAAAAACAAAACAAAAACAGGUCGAAAGAAAAAGAAACGUUGAACUUGAGUUACAUUUAAUUUAAGUAUACAUGCAUUUGGAGAAAUGUGAAGAAGAAUUUAGUCAAUUGUUAAUCUGUCAUUGAUACUGUAAAAUAAGAUGUGGUCUGUUUCCACUGUUUAAUUUUCUACUCAGUUCUACCAAAUAGGAUGUCAUGUUUGGCAUUUUUGAUAAUGACUUUGGGAUCUUUUUCACUGAAAGCACCUUAGAACUGUACUAUAAGAAAACAUUUCCCGUAUGUCUAAUGAUAUGUGAUGUUUAUUGCUUAUUAAUUUAUAAUUUAGUCAUUCUCUUAUAUAGGACUUUUUUAAAUUUAGAAGGAGAAUCUAGCUAUUUCCAGUUGUCUGUCAAAUUUAUUAUGCCCAAAUCAACCUCUGAAAGAAAAUUUUUCAGGAAGAUUUACAUUUAGGUUUACUUUUCUUCUUUUUCUUCUUCUUUUUUUUUUAGUUAGGUAGAGCUUUCAAAAUAUUUGAAACUAUGAGAGUUAUAAAAUUCAAUAACAUUUUUAGAAUGUUAAACUAAGAUACUGUUUCCUAACAUCAGCAAACUAAGUCUUUUGAAUGUAAACAUUUGUAUUUAAUGAGUGCUUCCUAGGUGCCAGGCACUAUUCCCAGGACUGGGGAAACAGCAAUGGAUCAGACAGAAAUCCCUGCCUGCUUGGAGCUUACACUCUAGGGAGGAAUUUCAUUUUGCCAUUUAAUAACAUUUUGCAUUCAAGAUAAGCUAGACUCUUGAUAGCUCCUAGACUAUUUAGAAGAAAACUUUUUAAAUUGGUUAAAUUAAUUUUAGUUUAUUUUCACAAGUAAAAAUGGCUUCCUAUUUAGAUUCUCUUCACAGGCUGUUGGUCUUAAGACUAGUUUACUUAAAAGAGUUUUUUUGCACAACAUUGAAAUUGUAUUUGUGAAUUUAGAAGUUAACCAGCCAUCAUACCAUAACAGGCUGGAUAGCUCAAUAAUAGGUUGCAUACAAGGCUAAUUUUUUUUUUUAACCUGUCAAUAUUGGCACAAACUGGAAUGGAAGAAUAGAUACUUUGAUUCAGACCUGUUCCACUGUUACUAAAACACAUGCUAUGGGCACUCCAAGAAACACUGUAUUUUUCCCCAAAAAUAUGUAAUCAUGUAUGUUAGUUAAAGCAUAGAUAACAUUUCACAUUUGGAUACUUAGGAGCAUUUACUGUAUUUCUUAGUAAGUGUAUUUGAGGGGGGGGGAAAGUGCUGCUGAUAAGAUACGAAUAGACAAGAUUUUAAUGAAAUUUUGUCAACAUUCUAUGGAAAAUGGUUCCUGGUAAACUGAGAAGGAUAUUAAAAUAAGUGACUUUUUUUCCCGGAGCUAUCAUUAUUGUUUGAUUUUUCUUUGUCAAGUGUACAGAACCUGUCAUACAUUCAUGAUAAGUAGCACUGAAAAAUUACCCAUUCAAAUGUCCCCUGGGCACUUAAUGGCAAAAGAUUGCCAGUUCGAAUGUAAAGGUCAGUGACAAUGCAUUCCUGCCUGAUACAGACUUCCCCUGCCGGACUCUGGGGACGUAGUCACUUGACCGUCCAGAAACACAUGAAUAAAAAGCCGUUAUGACUGUUCACCAUUGUUUUAAAGGUACUUAGUAUCUUGAUCAAACUUUAGUCUCCAGUAACUAAACAAGUCCCCAAGUUUCCUUAUUUUCAUUUACCCAUUGACUAGAUUUGAGACAAAGAAAUACUACAGGUCAUGCAACUAGAAGACACUUGCUUCCACUACUAAAUAUACAGGGUAUGUCCUCACUUGGAGUUAACUGGAAUAGCAGUACGGUAGCAAGUGUCUCUGGGUCCUUGGUGAAGGAUUCACAUUAAUGCUUUGGUAAUACCUUCUGAGUGAAUUAGAGGAAAUAGCAAAUGAAUGUUAGGUACUGUGCAGAUUACUUCAAAUGGGAAAAACCUUUUUGUACAUUUGGACUCUAUAGUAUCCUCCCUAUUCACCAGCUUCUGAAGAGGGAGGAGUAUUUUUAGUUUAAUAAUUUAAAAAAAAGACCUUUCCAGGUAGGAAAAAAUUGAAGCUAUUUGCUGCAAACAUCAUCUAAUUUUGCUUAAAGUCGAAAGUCGUAAUACUGUUGCAUUCUGUCAAUGUUGCAGGGCUUUAAACUUUACAAUUAUUUUAAUAUUUUUGAUAACUAGGAAUCUAGUAUUGCCAUAAAGGAAACUAAGUGCCCAUUAAAGAUUUGUUUGGUAUAAAUAAAUGAUUUUUUUGUUUUGUUUUAAAUGACAGUAAGCUACAAAUCAUGAUGUUAAUCUUAAUACUUUCUGAAGAUGAACUGUGUGGCAGUGAUUGUGUGGUCUGUUUGUGGAGAAUGUAUGAAAGCUAUUCAUAUUCUAAAAUAGAUUAAUAAAUCGGCUAUGUUGUCCCAAUGAAUGUACAGCACGUCCAUUAACUUUCGAAAGCAACACAGCCUUAAACUCAAUGCUUUUGCUUUAUGACAUGGGAAUGUUCUGUCAUCAACAGAGUGUAUUCUUGUAAUAGAAUUCUUUGUAUCAUUCUCAAUUCUAUUGCCUUUCAAUCCUAUGUAUGAGUAUUAAGGGUUUUUGCUUCCUUUUUUUUCUUUUUAAAGUUUGUACAUUCCAUCUUUCUAGGUCUGUUUCAUACGUUUUGUGUAUAGAACACUAAGUCUUGCGCUCUCUGACGUUGAUACUGAUAUAUUCUCAUUUGUUCUUUUACGAAUCGAAAUGCUGACUGCCUAUUUAAAGAAAAGAAUGAACGCUGUGCAUCAAAGUGUUUGUAUGUUCGUAGCUACAUAUGUACCACAGUAUUUUGGAUGCUUUAGUCUACAAUAAAACUUUAAAUUAAUUCUGUCUUGAAACAUAGGAGAAACAAGAUUCAUGUGUAUAUCUUUACCAUGCACAAAAUAUCAGAUCAUUAUAAUAAAGCUUGUUUUCUCCA